GUGGGCGGGGUAGGGAGGGGGUGUGGGGCGUGGGCCUAGGAGACCCGGGUUAGGGUUGGGGUAGGGUGAGUUCCAGGUAUUGUUGGCAUCGUGAGGUUGUCGUUGCCUUGAGCCGUUUUGAUGUCCGCGACCUCGACCCCGAUUUCCGCCGCCACGUCCUUGUCCUCGUCCGUAGCCUCCACGCUGUCCGGGGUUGCCUUCACCGUAGAUGGAGCCGCCAUGCUGUCCGCCAUAGCUGCCGGGAGUACCGCCGUGAGUGCCGCCGGUGCGGUUGGACGUUUGGGACUGAAGGUCCGCAGGAAGCCCCCGAAGCAUUUGGAGAACAAGCUGGUGUUGAGAGACAGGAGCAUCAACAUCAUCGAGCCAAUCCGCGAGAUUCUGAAGCUGUUGGCAAUAUGCUGCCAUGGUAGAGUUUCCCUUGAUGGUAGUAUUUUGAGGCCAUUUGGACGCAUUGAGAACAAUUUCAAGAACGGAAAAUAAACAUGGAAAUUUGGGACCAAAAUAAAUGGAAGAGAUUUGAAGAAAUGAAAGAAAUAAAUUUAAAAAUGAAAAGAAUGGAGCUGGGUUUCGAACUCUGGACUUGAGGGUGUUGGAAAUGGAGCUUUGACCGCUUUGACCAUUGCUCCACAACUGAUUGUUCGGCAUAUCACUGGCGGACAACGAUUAUGUUCUCGCUUUGAAUCGGCCCAUGAAUUGAGAGAGAAAAAUGACAAAACAGUGAACGAUACCUAGGUACCGGACGGACGAUAGGCCCUACCACCUGGUCUGUAGUCGGCUACCAUGGUGAUCUUACCGGAAGGUUUCAUUUGAUUCGAACGACUCCAUGUGAGCAUGACGGUAAGCAUGUGCCUUCAGUUCUGAUAGGCCGCUAUUUGAUAUGUUGGUGAAUAAUGAAUUGAGAUUUGAACUAAAUUAAUCUUAUUGGU